AUGGCUUUCUUUCCAGCACCCGGCUACAUGCCUGUUUAUAACCCGACUCUCCCUUACCAUCAGCCUGUCCCGGGGGGACUCCAUCCUGGGAUGUCUGUCUACGUGCAGGGCAAAGUGCCCAAACAUACCAAGAGAUUCCGGGUGAACUUUGCCUCUGGCCAGCAUGAGGGGGCUGACAUCCCCUUCCACUUCAACCCUCGCUUUGAUGGGAAGGACAGAACUGUGCUCAACACCUUCCAGUGUGGCAGGUGGGGAAACGAAGAGCUCCAUAAGAUGCCCUUCCGGAAGGGCGAGCAUUUCGAGAUCAUCUUCGUUGUCAAUGACGUUGGAUACCAGGUCCUGGUGGACAGAAACCCCUUCUGUAGCUACGGGCACAGACUCCCCCCACAAAGCGUGCAGGUUGUGAGCGCUGAUGGAGACCUGGAGCUGGAAUCUCUGACCGUGAUGGGAGGAUCAACGAUGGGAAACAUGAUGAUGACAUCCCCAGCAGUCUACCACCCACCGGUGCCCUACACGGGCGACAUUCCUGGAGGUCUGGCAUCCAAGAGGACCAUCACAAUACGAGGCUUUAUUCCAAAGAACGCUAGCAGGUUUGAAAUCGAUUUAAUGGCUGACCAGAAUAUCGUUCUGCACAUUAAUCCACACAUGAAACCAAGGAGAUAUGUGGUGCGCAACUCUUGCCUUAAUGGCAGCUGGGGAGCUGAGGAAAACAAUCUCCUCUUUAACCCUUUCCAAUUCGGGCAAUACUUUGAGAUCUCAAUCUGCUGUGACAGUCACAAGUUCAAGGUUUACACCAAUAGCCGCCACCUGUUCAACUUUGCUCAUCGUUAUGCCAUUAUUGGACACAUCUGCACUAUGAAUAUCCAAGGAGAUGUGACCCUUUCCUACAUCAAGUACUAA